ACACACACACACACACACACUCCCACUGGCACUCUGGAGGGCGCCCAGCAGCAGGCAUGCGGAGCAGGACAGCAUAUUAACGCUCUUCUCUGCGUGAACACAAACCCAACGCUGGCUCUUCAAAGGGUCUCCUCCUCAUCAUGCUGACUCACAGAGAGGGAGGUUUGGUUCUCCUGCUGCUGAGCCUCAGCCUGCUCCUCCCCCAGCCCUCAGGAGGUCAAGGUCAGGACCAGGGUCAAGGUCAAGGUCAAAGCCAGGACCAGGGUCAAGUCUCCCUUCCAGAGUUCAACUGCUCGUGUAACCUCACCAACAGUCGCUGUGAUGAGGCUGGAGUCUGCAGGUGUGACCCGGGCUGGGCGGGGCCGCGCUGCGAGGCCUGCGUGCCGACCCCGGGCUGCGUCCACGGCUCCUGCCACCAGCCCUGGCAGUGCAGCUGCCUCCCGGGCUGGGGGGGGCGCUUCUGCGACAAAGACGUCCAGGUGUGCUGGAGGGAGGAACCGUGCCGGAACGGGGCCACCUGCAUGAUGGAGGAGUCGGGGGACUACACCUGCCUCUGUCCCCACGGCUACCAGGGGAGACACUGCCAGCUGAAGACUGGACCCUGCUCCCAGAGACGGUCUCCGUGCCGUAACGGCGGUCAGUGCGAGGACGACGGCGGCUACGCCAACGCGCUGCGCUGCCGCUGCCUGGCGGGCUACGGGGGCCCGCGCUGCGAGGUGGACCUGGACGACUGCGCCAUGCGGCCCUGCGGGGGCGGGGCCACCUGCGUGGACGGGGUCAACCGCUUCUCCUGCCUCUGCCCCCCCGGCUUCAGCGGGCGCUUCUGCUCGCUGAACACGGACGAGUGCGCCGACCGGCCCUGCCUCAACGGGGGCCGCUGCCUGGACGGCGCCGGGACCUUCCGCUGCGUCUGCCCCCCCGGGUUCACCGGCCCCGCCUGCCAGGAGGCGCGGGGGAGGGAGGAGGCCAGGGACCCCCUCCUGUUCAAGGUGUCUGUGAGGGAGGUGGGGGCCCAGGGAGGGGGCCUCUCCCAGGCCCAGGUCCUGUUGGUGGGGGUCCUGGGGGCCCUGACCCUGGCCGUGGUGCUGAUCACCGCCGGCGUGGUGCUCCGGGGCCGCUGCCAGAACCGGGACCAGGGGCCCCGACACAGACCGCCCCCGCCGUCGGCACGGCAUCGGGAGGAGAGCGGGUUGUCGUUGGCGACGGCGAUGCCUGAGCAGAGCCGGGGGGCAGUGGAGGAGCAGGAGUGUAAGAUCAGCUUCCUGGACCCGCCCACCGGGACGGAACCAGAGAAGAAGAGACUCAACUCUGCGGUGAUAUAGACGAGCGGACACAGGGGCGUUCAAGCUAGGAACACCAUGGAGAGAGAGAGAGAGGGCACAGGUUCGAGGGACACGGGACGAGAGACAGAGACAGAGACACACAGAGAGACACAGAGAGAGAGAGCGAGAGAGAGUCCCGCCCUGUGAACCUGCUCAGAGAAGCUGCAGGUCCUGGUCUGACCCGGGUCUGAACCCGGGUCCGAGCCCCUCGCUGCCCGGGUCCUGUUGGACCUGCAUUCCGGACCAGGACCAGUACUGGUCCAGACCCACCAGGGUCCAGGAGUAACCCUGGAACAGAGAGAGACCGGGACCAGAGAGAGAGACCGGACCAGAGAGAGAGACCGGGACCAGGGGCUCGGUCCUCUGUCUAACAUUCCCUCCGGGUCGUGACCUCCGUGCCGAGAGGUCACGACCCCUGACCCUUCCCAGGGAGGGUCAUGCGACACAGAAUCCAGGGUUCAUUUCAGGACGGCUUUCAGCCCUCCAGGGGGCAGGGGCUACAGACUGCUGACCGACCCCAUGAGCUGGUCGUCUUGGAUACCAUGCCCCCGCCCCCAGAGGCCGUCGUCAUGGGUACCACACCCCCACCUCAAGAGGCCGUCAUCAUGGGUACCACGCCCCUCCCCCAGAGGCCGUUGUCAUGGGUACACCGCCCCUCCCACAGAGGCCGACGUCAUCAUCACAUGAGGAAGCCCGCGUGCCACUCUGCUAACGCCCUUUUGUGGACUAGGCUCAGAAUCGCAGACGCAGAACCAAGAAUGCGUCGACAUGGACACCCACUGCAUCGUUAGGCCGUUGCCGUGGAAACCCACAGCAACACUAGGGCGUUGUUAGGGCGACUCUUCAGCGAAGGUGGUGGAGCUGUAGGCCGUGGUUCAGGCUGGCCCCCCCACAGUCACCGGCCCCCAGAGAGGGGCCUGUGUAAAUGUGUAUAUAGAUGUACGUUAUUUAUUGAUGUCCUUUAUGUUGUGGAAGCUUAAUGUCUUUUUCUGGGCAGUUUUGUUGAAUUGUGGCAAUAAAGAU